UUGAUAUUUUGGCUUUUGACCAAGUUCAGGAUUUAGGACUCUGAUUAUCUGUCAAUACUUGAUUAGUUUAGUGCUUAAGUUAUUAGUUCUUGGUUUGCCCACUUGCGCCAUGUUCUUUUCUAUAGCAAUGAGAUUAUAUUCAUUUAAAGAUCUCGAAAAAAGAAACUGAUGGAGACAAAUCAAGAUGAAGUUUAAGGGUUUUUGUUGUUAGUAAAAAAGUUUUCUUCUUUUUGAUUUUCAGAGACAUUACUUGCUAGAAAGUCGUAGGAUUGAUUCAAAUAGUGGAAUCAGACAACUUUUUCUUGUAAGGAUUUGUGUCCAUGGCAGCUUUGCAAACGCCUCGUGAAUGGAUCGGUAUCCAGCAGUUCCCACCUGCUACUCAAUCUAAAUUGCUCGAGAUCCUUGGGAAGUUUAAAGAAGAGGAUGUGAGCUCGCUAACGGUCCUUGUAAUGGGCAAAGGCGGUGUCGGAAAGUCAUCAACUGUGAAUUCAGUUAUAGGAGAGAAAGCUGCUGCAGUUAGUACUUUCCAGUCUGAAGGACUGAGGCCUACCUUGGUCUCCCGCUCAAGAUCGGGAUUUACAUUGAAUAUCAUUGACACUCCUGGUCUUAUUGAGGGAGGAUAUGUGAAUGAUCAAGCCAUCAACAUUAUAAAACGAUUCCUCCUCAACAUGACUAUAGAUGUGCUACUAUAUGUAGACCGUUUGGAUGUAUAUCGGGUGGAUGACCUUGAUAGGCAAGUUGUCAGUGCUAUAACCGAUGCAUUUGGAAAAGAGAUAUGGAAAAAGUCUGCUCUUGUUCUCACACAUGCUCAGUUCUCUCCGCCAGACGGGUUAAAUUAUAAUAGCUUUGUCUCCAGAAGAUCUGAUGCUCUUUUAAAAGUUAUCCGUACAGGCGCCCAACUGAAGAAACAGGAUUUGCAGGGUUCAUCUACACCCAUCAUUCUUGUUGAGAACAGCGGAAGAUGUCAUAAGAAUGACAGCGAUGAAAAGAUUCUUCCAGACGGGACUAGUUGGAUUCCCAAUCUGCUCAACACAAUCACAGAGAUCUCUUUUAAUGGCAACAAGGCGAUUCACGUUGACAAGAAAUUGGUCGAAGGGCCAAACCCAAAUCAAAGAGGAAAGAGACUGAUUCCUUUGAUCUUUGCAUUCCAAUACUUGUUGGUGAUGAAGCCAUUGGUUCGAGCAAUCAAGUCCGAUGUUACUAGAGAGAGUAAACCGGCGUGGGAGCUGCGGGACUCCGGUUUAGCAAGUCGAAGGUCUUGAGUUGUUGACACGAGUUUUGUUUGGUUUGCUUGUCUAUCUGAGAGAUUGUUCUGUAGUUUUUAAUUGUGAUGACUGGAGAAAUGUUGUUCACAUAUUUUACUGUCGCAAAGUUUUCUUAUCUUCUUUAACC